AGGAAUGGCGCUUUGCAGAAAAUAAGAUGUGUUUUUAUGACUGGAGUGGAGUGACAGAGCUGGCAAUCAUCUGGUAUUGAAAGUGGAUGGUGAAACAAGUGGGGCAAAAGGUGAAGGCGAAUGAGGUGGUAACAACUUUGGAGAGCUUCUGUUGCUCCAGGGGAGAUCCAGUGGACCUACGCUUCAGGAACUCCGCUCAGAAACACGGUUCAAAAAAUAGGCGGAGGCCCCGGUACCGGCAGAGACCGUCCGCCGCUGGCUGCGGGCGGAGGGCGCCGACCCCGCCGCCCCGGCCGAGGAGCAGCUGGGCCUGGCCUGGCGGCUGCUGCGGCGCGCCGAGGCCCGGCUCGGCGACCUGGAACGGCGGCGGGCCGAGGAGAUGAGAGACGUGGAAAGCUAUGUGGGUCACGUCCGUAACCUGACGGAGGAACGGGAUGCUAUCACCACCGAAUAUGAAAAAGAAAAUGAACAGCUCAGGCUUGAGCUGACACGGCUGCAGCUGCAGCGGGAAGCCCAGCUGAAGGAGGUUGAGGAGAUGCUGGAACAGGAAGGCUUGUCCGAAAUAGCUCACAGUAAUGCCAGUGAACAGAUUGCUUAUUUACUGGUGGAAAGAACGACGCUGCUGGAGAAACUGGAGAUUGCAGAUCAGAAGUUGAAUUCACACAGCUACAUAGACAGGCUGUGUGCGGCACACAUUCAGUGCAAGGAUGAGUUUGGUCAUGUUCAUCAGUCACUAGAAGAUGAACUCCAACAACAGCAUGAAUCUGUGCAGCUUACUGGAGAGACAAUGAAUAAGUCCUACAGAGAAGAGCUGGAGAGGGAACAAGCAUCACGUGCAAGAGUUGAACGAGAUCUGGAUGAGGCCACACAGAGGCUGCUGAUGGCCCAGGAUGAGAUCCGGAGGUUGACAGACGAGCUGGAUGCACAAAGAAAGGAGCAGAGCAGAAUUGAAUCAGCCUCGUGGUCAGCCCUGCAAGCACCUGAGAGCCGGGAGGAAGGGGUGAAUGAAUGGAGAGAGAGUGACAGGACUGAGCUACAGAAGGCCAUGGAGCGCAACAGCAGACUGGACAAGGAAAUUCUGGCACUGCGAGCACGGGUCCAAACACUCGACUUGGAGAGAAAAGCGUUCCUCGAUCUGGUUGAACAGCUCAAAGAGGAGAUCUGUGAGUAUCAGAAGAGUGAGAAGCAAGGACUUCCAUUGCCUGCGCCAGCCGAGACUGAAGAAGUCGCUGCGUCCUCACUGCAGACACAAGGCACAAUGGAUGAAGGGAGGAUUGAAGGAGACUGCGUUUUAGGCAAAGCUGGCUCAGAUCAAGAAGACAGAUAUCAGGGUAGUGAAACAUUUCAUAAAAGGUGCCGAGAGGCGAUUGAAAACACCGAGGGCAGGAAUUCACAGCUCCUUCACAAGCUGCAAAAACUGAAGCAGGAGCACGAGGAUUUGGUUGAGCGCAAUGAAGAGCUGGAAUCAAUUCUGGGUGAGACACAGAUCCAAACCAAGCAGGAGAAGGAACAGUUUGAGAGUGAGGUGGAGGGACUUCACCGGAAAAUCACAAGUUUAGAAACAGAGUUACUUGAAGUGCAGAAGAACAAAACUGAGAUGAGUGGGGAAGAGCAGGCAUCGUCUGGAGCACAAGAGAUGCAAGAGAUGCUGGAAAGUUGUCAGGAAACAAUAGAAAAGUUGGGAAGUCAGCUGGGAGAGCGGAGACUAUGGAGAAGGCAACUUGCAUCUGAGCUUGAACUGUUACGAGAAGAUCUGAAGGCUGAGAAGAAGGUCUCUGAACUCCUACAAGAAAGAGAACAGAUUAACAAACUCGAGCAGAAACGUGAAGAUCUAUGUACUGAUGAAAAGACCUGUGAAGAACAGAUGGCUAAAGUAGUAUUUUUGGAAGAACAGAUCAAAAACUUGAGGGAUGAACAAGAACUGCUCUGUUCUGAAUUACUAGAAAGCAACAAGAAGAGGGAGGAGCUAGAAAAGCAGCUAAAAGAGAGCAAUGAAGAAAAACGGUUGUUACUGGAAGAAAUUGCCCAGUUAAAACAAGAUACCCUGACUACCUGGCAGCAGGGUGACAACACGCUUGAAGAGACUUUGAGGAUGAAUCAAGGCAUGGCGCAUAGAGAUAACAGGUUUCUCGUGUUGCAGAGCUCUGCAGGCAGUUUAGAUGGGAGCGUUAAACAGAGUCUGCCCGACGAGAGAUUCCAGCAGCAGGAGGAAAAAAUGCAGCAACUGCGGCAGGACUUGCGUCGAGUUCAGAACUUGUGCAGCUCAGCCGAGAGGGAGCUGAGAUACGAAAGGGAGAAGAACGUCGACUUACAGAAGCAAAAUCUCUUGCUCCAACAGGAAUGCACCAAGGUCAAAGCUGAGCUGAAGCAAGCCCAGGCAAAACUCUCGGACACAACUGAAACAUGCUCCUCUCUCUCAGCACAGUGGGAAAAAAGCCAGCAGAAGGUCAAAGAACUUGAACAAGAGCUCUUGAAGUGUUCCCAGGCUGAUAAACUGCAGAGCAGUCUGCAAGAGAAACUUGCACAGGAGAAAUCCAAAGUAUGCGAAGCACAAAAAAAGAUUUCAAAACUCCAGCAAAAGCUAAAAGAUUCACACCACCAGCUCCUGCUGGCAGAGGCCCGUGUUUCAGACAAGAAACUCCUGGAGGAGGAAUUGAAGGAAGCCCGAGAAAAUGAAGCUCGUGUGCAGCAAGAACUUCACGAGGAGCAGCUGAAAAGGAAGCUCCUGGAGCAGCAGGUGGAGGAGCUGCGGCAGCAGCUCCGGCAUUCGAGGGAGACGGAGGCGUCGCUGGCCAAGAUGCAUGUGGAGCUGCAGGCCAAGACUCUGCAUGUCCUAGAAGAUGAGAGGAAAACUGAUUCAAGCGAGCAGCUCCAGCGUCAGAAGGAGAACCAGAAGCUUUCAGAGCAACUUUCACUGCUGAAGGAGGAAAACAAAGCCCUGUAUGAGGAAGGAGUCCGUCUCCUGAACCAGAAGGAUCUGUAUGUCAGGAAAUAUAACGAAAUGCAGCUCCGCCACAAAGACAAGAUCCGCAGAGCCAAGGAGACCUUUAUCCAUGAGGUGAAACAAAGGGACAGCAGAAUUAAGCAGCUUGAAAAUGAGCUCAGCGAGUCAAAGCUCCAAGUGGAAAAGGGGAAGGUGCUGAUUGCACAGAUCACAGCUGAGAAUGAGAAAUUACUCCAUGAAAGAAGACGGCUCCUCCAGAAGAUAACUGACCAAGAGGAGACCCCUUGGAACAACCGGUCUACAAUUGCCACCCUGCAGAGCAGAGUGAAGAUCCUGGACGAGGAGAAUGUGCGGCUGCACGAGAGCAAACUCCAGCUCUCUGGUCACGUGCCCACCUCACAACGUGCGCUGAGGAGCAUCCAUGCUCCCAACAUGGAGGACUCGAAGAGUGUUAACUUCUCUGAACGCCAACUACAGAGUAAGGUGUUGCCAUCUCCCCGUACCAGCUUCCCAUCACGAGAACCACCAGACUCUCUCAGCACCCUGAAGGCCACGCAAGACACGAAGCCUGAAGGAGAAGCUGAAAGCCAAGACUCAUCCUUUUGCUUAUCCCCCUCUCAACCUUCUGAGAUAGGGUACUUAAAUGUAGCUUCGCCUGGAGACACCACAGCCUCCCAGCUGCAGGAGGAGAGUCAGAGCAUCAGCUCUGAGAACUUCUAAAUGGGGGGAGAUGUUUGUAAAAUAUUAGCUGGACUGCAAGGUUUGGGCUCCUGUUGCUGUGGGAUGACAAGGACUGCAGGGGGAGAAUUGCCAAAUGGACUGACCUGGUCAUUUCUAAACUAAAUUAUUCAACAGCUUUUUUUCAGCUUACCCAACCAUAAAUGUGUGUGUGUGUGAUCCCAGAUGCACCUGGAGGCUGGAAUUUGUAGAUAAACUCAGUAAAAUGGAAGAGGGGUGGGGUGAAGCAUAUCUUCCCCUGAAUGCCAAUUCCUUGUCCAGUCCAAAACUACAAGCUUUGUAAAUAAAACUCAGAGAAGUGUUCCCUUCCA